CAUAAUUCAACGCAGUGAAAGAGCGUUUUCGGCGGGUUCAAUUAAAAUGGCGCCGUUGCUAAGAGCGGAAAGACACGGCAAGAAUAACGGCAGCAGGUAGAAUUGGACACCGGUACAGUGUUAAAAUAGACACUUGAGCGCCAUGGCGGGCCUGGAUCAAAAAUCGCCCAACGUCCUUCUGCAAAGUUUGUGUUGCAGGAUCAUCGGGAAGAGUGAAGCUGAAGUGGCCCACCAGUUCCAGUAUGCUGUGAGAGUCAUCGGAAGCAACUAUGCCCCCACCAUUGAACGGGAUGAGUUUCUGGUCUCUGAAAAGAUCAAGAAAGAGCUUCUAAAGCAGAGGAGGGAGGCUGAUGCGGCCCUGUUCUCGGAACUCCACAGGAAGCUCCAGACGCAGGGUGUCCUGAAGCACAGAUGGUCCAUCUUGUACCUGUUGCUCAGUCUGUGUGAAGACCCACGAAAACCACCCAGGGUUGCCAACUAUGGGGCCCUGUUUGCUCAGGCGCUGCCCCGCGACGCCCACUCCACCCCCUUCUACUGCGCCCGCCCACAGAGCCUGUCCCUCAGCCACCAGGAGCGCACGGGCCUCACCCACAACUCCACCAGCAUGGGCACCAGUGGGGUCAGCAGCAUCGGGGUGUACAGCCUGAACGGGCCCACGCCCCAGUCCCUGCUGUCGGGGCACCCAGCAGCGGGGGACUCUGUCCGCCAGCCCCUCGGCUCCCGCCUGGCCUGGAACCUCCCCCCCACAGCCUCCCCCUUGGCUUCGGCACCUACCUCACGAGCCCCCCUCAUGCCCCCGGGCCCAACAGCCAGGGCCGCGCACAGACAGCGGCGGGAAGGGGACGGCGGAGCAGAAAUCAGCGAAGCUGCACUUGUCAGAGAUAUUCUGUACGUCUUCCAAGGAAUUGAUGGCAAGUUUAUUAAAAUGUGUAACCAGGCAAACUGCUACAAAAUUGACGAAAAGGCGCCCCUGUCCAAGUCCCUGAGGGACACAAGCAGUAGGCUUGCGGAGCUGGGCUGGCUCCACAACAAAGUGAGGAGGUACACGGACUCCCGGAGCCUGGACCGCGCCUUUGGCCUCGUGGGCCAGAGCUUCUGCGCGUCGCUCCACCAGGAGCUGAAGGAGUACUACAGGCUACUGUCUGUGCUGCACUCCCAGCUGCAGGUCGAGGAUGACCAGGGUGUGAACGUGGGGGCGGAGAGCACCCUCACGCUGCGGCGCCUCCUCGUCUGGACCUAUGACCCCAAAGUGCGGCUCAAAACCCUGGCGGCGCUCGUGGACUACUGCCAAGGGCGAAAAGGGGGCGAGCUGGCGUCCGCUGUGCACGCCUACGGGAAGACCGGAGACCCAUACAUGCGCGCGCUGGUCCAGCACAUCCUCAGCCUGGUGUCACACCCCAUCCUCAACUUCCUGUACCGCUGGAUCUACGAUGGCGAGCUUGAGGACACCUACCACGAGUUCUUUGUUGCCUCGGACCCCACGGUGAAGACGGACAGGCUGUGGCACGAUAAGUAUAGUCUGAGGAAAUCCAUGAUACCCUCCUUCGUCACCAUGGACCAGGCGCGGAAGGUCCUGCUCAUUGGAAAGUCUAUCAACUUCCUGCAUCAAGUAUGCCAUGACCGAACUCCACCUGGGAAAAUCACCCCUGCAUCCAAGUCUACAGACUCUCCCAGAGACGCAGCCGCGGAGCUGUUCACCGACUUGGAGGGGGCAUUCCAGGGGAAGAUCGACGCGGCAUACUUCGAGACCAGCAAGUACCUUCUGGACGUCCUGAACCGGAACUACCUGCUGCUGGAGCACAUGCAGGCCAUGAGGCGUUACCUGCUUCUGGGCCAGGGGGACUUCAUCCGACACCUGAUGGACCUGCUCAAGCCGGAGCUGGCACGCCCAGCCACCACGCUGUACCAGCACAACCUGACGGGUAUCCUGGAGACAGCAGUGAGGGCCACCAAUGCCCAGUUCGACAGCCCUGAGAUCCUGAAGAGGCUGGACGUUCGGCUGCUGGAGGUGUCUCCGGGGGACACGGGCUGGGACGUCUUCAGCCUGGACUACCACGUGGAUGGGCCCAUCGCCACGGUGUUCACGCGGGAGUGCAUGAGCCACUACCUGAGGGUGUUCAACUUCCUGUGGCGGGCAAAGCGCAUGGAGUACAUCCUCACAGACAUCUGGAAGGGCCAGAUGUGCAAUGCCAAGCUGCUCAAAGGCAUGCCGGAGCUGUCAGGCGUGCUCCAUCAGUGUCACAUCCUGGCCUCUGAGAUGGUCCACUUCAUACACCAGAUGCAGUAUUACAUCACCUUCGAGGUUCUGGAGUGCUCCUGGGAUGAGCUGUGGAAUAAGGUCCAGCAGGCCCAGGACCUGGACCACAUCAUCGCUGCCCAUGAGGUCUUCCUGGAUACCAUCAUCUCACGCUGCCUGCUGGACACCAACAACAGGUCCCUGCUCAACCAGCUGAGGGCCAUCUUUGACCAGAUCAUUGAGUUCCAGAACGCGCAGGACGCCCUGUACCGCUCAGGCCUGGAGGAGCUGCAGCUCAGACUGCAGUUUGAGGACAAGAAGAGGCAGCGUGAGGCCGAGGGUGAGUGGGGGGUGACCGCUGCCCAGGAGGCAGAGGAGAAGAAAAGAGUUCAGGAGUUCCAAGAAACUAUACCAAAAAUGCGUUCCCAGCUGAGAAUACUGACACACUUCUACCAGGGAAUCGUCCAGCAGUUCCUGGUGCUGCUCAUGACCAGCUCAGACGAGAGCCUGCAGUUCCUCAGCUUCCGUCUGGAUUUCAACGAGCAUUACAAGGCCAGGGACCCCCGCCUGCGCGCCUCCCUGGGAGCCACCAGGGGGCGCCGCAGUUCUAACAUCUAACGGCACGACACCCACCUCCUUCCCUUUACCUUUUUAUAUGUUGGUCCAUAGGGCUACAGGAACUCUCUUCAUCGCAUCCAACACAGAAACAAACAGAAAAAAAGCUGAAUCUCAGCCUUCUCCCAUGUCAUUGCCAAAUAGUAAAGACACUCACGCAACGAUCCAGAGAUGUAAAGUGGUUAAAAAAAAAAAAUGUGUGCGUUUUAUAGUAGAACAAGGUCACAGUGUUGUCAUUGCCAUUGCCUUUUUUGAAAUGUCGUGUGAUUCCAUAUCGAUAUUGGAAUGAUGUAUCACACUCAUGUAUCACAUAUUUCGUAUAUUCAUUUAAUUUAAUGAGUU